AUGGAGUCCUCACCUCCUCGAACCCAUGCUCGACUCCCGUCCGUGGCAGGCGUAAAGCGAUCCGCGUCUCUGCUGCCUCCAUUCGAGCCAUCUUCCUCGCCUCCCCUUCCACGGCCGAUAAAACGCCUUGCACGCGAUGAUAACAAUGGGAUUUCCAAAUACCCUACUCCAGUGCCCACGUCGUCGACUGCCGUUCCCUCCUCGUCUCCUCCACGUGCCAGACGUGGUUUGAAGCGUACUCACUCCAUGGCUUCUGAAAGGACACCGUUGUCAGCAGUACCGUGCGUCAUGCUUAAUGAAAAUGGAGAUACCCUGACCAUGGGAAGGUCUAGCAUCUCUUGCAACUUUCAAAUUUCUGCCAACCGUCUGGUGUCGAGGGUGCAUGUGAAGGCCGCAUAUAAACCUGCUACGCAUCCGUUUGAGCAAGAUAGAAUCGAGAUUCUCUGUACUGGGUGGAAUGGUAUUCAAUUGCACUGCCAGGGAAAAACAUACGAAUUGACAAAGGGCAAGACGUUCACUUCUGAUAUCAGGGACGCCGAUGUUAUGAUUGAUGUACACGAUUCACGCGUACUGCUCCAAUGGCCUCGUCAAACUAGAAAAGGCUCGACUUCCAUGCACUCAGACCAAACUUGGGAAGAAAGUUCUCCAAUCCGAGAUCCACAGACGCGUCCACAGCAAUCUACCACUGCAAGCCCCCUUAGGAACAGACAACGGCUCGGUUCUCCAGUUUCUCCCUCGCCUGCCGUCCAAGCAUUAGGAGCCUCGAUGGCCCCACUGACCCCUUCCCGCUCUCUACCUAGCGAAGUCGUCGUUUACGAAGACGAGGCCUCGCCAACUGGUCGACGUCACUCAACGGACAAUUCGAUGUCUCAGAAAACACAGCUAGCCACCCAGCCGCUCGGGCAUAGUCAGCAGAACUCUCUUACUAGCUCCUUGAGCAAAUCAGAAGAACUUUCUGAACAUGACGAAGAGAACGAUCCCAUUAUCUUUUCGUUUGGGCCCUUUGGUGCGAAUAUUCUUCCCAGGCUAGCUUCCUUCCAUACUAGCGAUUCCCCUACCCAGGCUCUUCCUGAAAAACCCAAAAGUCCACGCCAAGCUGCGCCGCAUGUCUUGCAAAAGGACUCGGAGUACGAAUCGGUUAAGGAAGGAAUUCAGAAUCAUAUUGUCAAUCAGCUGGCGUUUUCACGGCUGUCUUCCACUCCUUUUUCAACCAUCGUGAAAAAUCUUCCGUCGGAACUAGUUCAAAAACUUCCAACGGACAGGUUUCGUGUUCCAACUAGCGAAAUUAUGUCGAUCAUCGAGAAUACUCAGUGUAUCGGAAAAGUGAGCAGAGAAGGCAAAGAUGCUGCGGGGAAAGCAUUGGAAAGCGAGUAUUACUACACUCCCGAUAUGGACCUGGAUGAGAAUAGGAGAGAAACGGUCGUGAAUGGCCUUAGGAAACCCGGUUUGAGGAACUGUCGGAAACAGCACAAGCAAUAUUUUUGGCGCAGACCAAAAACACCAUAG